UGCACUGAUACUGAGAGGUUAUCAGUUGCAACCACAGCUUCUGGGUAGCCAGUUCAUUCAUUAAAACAAAAUAAAAAAAAAACACGAAUAUGAAAUUGUUCAUCGUUUUAGCAGCAGUGGCGUUAGCCCAGGCCGCCAAACUGGACAGGACGUACCUCCCACCGAACGCGCAGGCUUCAGCAGGAUCUGCCUUCCUCGAAGCUCCUCUUCAGUCCAACGGAUUCCAGGAUCAAUCUGGUGCCUUCCCCAACAAUGGAUUUGCCAACAACGCCCAAAACGGAGCUUACUCAGGCUUCGAAGCCCGUCCCGUGGAGCGCGCCCAGGCUGCCUUCGAGAGGAACGCUGCUAUCCUUCGUCAGGACAACUUCAAUGAUGGAGAGACUUACGCGUAUGCUUAUGAGACUGAGAACGGUAUCUCCGGCGAGGAGAACGGAGUGGCGACCAACGGAGUGCAGGCUCAGGGCAGCUACUCCUACACUGGGGAUGAUGGCAAGGUCUACUCUGUGAGGUACACCGCUGACGAGAACGGUUUCCAGCCCCAGGGUGACCAUCUUCCCACACCUCCUCCCAUCCCUGCUGAAAUCCUGAAGGCUUUGGAGCAGAACGCCCGUGAUGAGGCUGCUGGCAUCUACGAUGACGGUACGUACAGCGAUGCUAAAUACGCUGACGACAGCCAACAACAGUACUACGACAGCAACGCUCAAUCCAACUACAACUCCGCUCAGUCCAACUACAACCCCGCCCAGUCCAACUACAACUCCGCUCAGUCCAACUACAACAACGCUGAUGCCGUCAUCACUACCAGCGCUCUGAUCCGCAACGAUGCUUCUGGAAGCAGCAGCAACGUCGCUGGUACCCAGAAGGCUUACCUUCCUCCCUUCGCUCAGGCCAACACUGACGCCAUUGUGACCAACAACGCUCUCCGAAACGAUGAUGGAAGCAGUAGCUCAAUCUCUGGAGUCCAGAACUCUUACCUCCCACCUUUUGGCCAGCGUCAGAGGAAUGGUGCGAGGCCUUCCUUCAACGCUAGAGACGGCUACCGUUAUUAGAGGCUAUUGAUAAGAAUUUAAGAUUAUCGAUUAAUAUAAACGACCUAUUAAAUAGUAUUUAUAACAAUGA